AUGGCUGCGUUCGACAAAUGCAAGACGCGCCCCGCGCACAUUGACGGGAUCCUGAACGGCCUGGAUAGAUACAAUCCAGAGACGACGGCGGUGUUCCAGGACUAUGUCGUGCAGCAGUGCGAGGAUCGGACUUUUGACUGCUAUGCGAACCUGGCUUUGUUGAAGCUCUACCAAUUCAACCCACCCCUCCUCAACACCGAAACCGCCACCAACAUCCUCGCCAAAGCCCUCACCGUCUUCCCCUCCCCCGCCUUCUCCCUCUCCCUCGCCCUCCUCCCCGCCUACACCCAACCAUACGCGACCAGCUCCCAAACCACCCCCGCCAACCUCCCCAUGCAAAUCACCGAUUUCGUCGAAGCCGUCCAGAAACUCACCCGCCUCUCCACUCUGCUCGAAUCCGCGCAAUACGCCACCUUCUGGUCCACCCUGAACUCGGACGACCUGUACGCCGACCUCACGGCUGACGUGGCCGGGUUCGAAGAAUUGAUCCGCAUCCGUAUCGCGGUGGAGGUGGGCAAGGCGUUCCGUGAGAUUGGGGCGGAUGUGCUGAUGGGAUGGCUGGAUAUGCGUGGGAUGGAGGCGCUGGAGAAAUUUGUGGUGGAUGUGUGUGGGUGGGAGGUUGAUAGGAGCAAGGCGCAGGGGGAGAAUGGGGUGGUUGUGAGGGUGCCGAGGAAUAAGGAGAAUGAAGCGAGGGGUGAGGUGAAGGGGGAGAAGGUGGGGAUUGAGAUGUUUGGGCGGGUGUUGCGGAGAGGCUUUGAGCAACCUGCGUAA